UGCGCGAAACGUCUGUCAAUCAUCACGCGGAGGGCCGCCUCCGCCCGUUGAUAGGCUGGCGGAGUGGCCAAUCUGUGAGAAGGGUGCCUGAUUCUGAGGUUCCUGAAGCGCAGCGGCGUCAAGGCUGGAGAGUUUGGCUUGAGAGGCUCCAGCAUUGCAAUUGCUUUCGUAGUCUUCACAAUGACUACUCUUUGGAAAGACAUUUUGCGUAAUGUCCAGCUUAUUCAGUAUGUGGCUCCAAUUGCCGUGGAUGCAGCACUCCUUGAAGGGGUUCUAAUGAGAACCAAAGAUGACCCAAAUGCAUCUGAUGCGGUGAAUUAUGCCCCUUUUACCCUCCUCCCAUCUGCAGUCCCAAGUGAUCUGCUUGAGCAAGCCUAUUCCGUUCAGCAAAAUUUUAAUCUGCUGGUGGAUAGAGUUAGUCAGGAUACAGAAUUUCUGGAACGCACUCUUGCAAGCACAGUCAAAGUGGAUGAAUUUACUGCUCAACUUUUUAAUAUUUACAAACAAGUUUUGAAAGAAGGAGUGACUCAGACAGUAUUUUUAGGAAUCAAUCGCUCUGAUUACAUGUUUGACUAUGGUACAGGUGGCUCUCCAGCUCUAAAACAAAUUGAAAUAAACACCAUUGCUGCCAGCUUUGGAGGCCUCACAUCUCGAACCACUGCAGUGCAUCGGCUUGUGUUGAAUGUUUUGGGAAAGUCAAAAGAAGCCUCAAAAUUACUGACUAAUAACCCAUCCAAAGGGAUUGCCAUGGGCAUCGCAAAGGCUUGGGAACUCUAUGGCUCAGACAGAGACAGAGGUCAGCUUUUUGAGACUUGCAGAAUAUUGAGGGAAGCAGAAGAUAAGAAUAGAGCAGUGGUUAUGUUCCUGGUUGAAGAGGUGCAGAGAAAUAUUUUUGACCAACGCUGCAUAGAAAAUGAACUUUGGAGGAGGAAUAUCCGGGUGAUUCGAAGAAGAUUUAAAGAUGUGUUUGAAAAAGCGUCUCUGGACAAUGACAAACGACUGUACAUAGAUGGAGAUGAGGUUGCAGUGGUAUAUUAUAGAGAAGGUUAUGUUCCAAAGAAUUAUAAUAAACAGAACUGGGAGGCCCGGUUGUUGCUGGAACGGUCUAGAGCAGUCAAGUGUCCAGAUAUUGCCACUCAACUUGCUGGAACCAAAAAAGUCCAGCAGGAGUUGAGCAGACCAGGAAGUCUAGAAAGAUUUCUGCCAAAUAAACCAGAAGCUGUGGAUCAGUUAAGAGCAACAUUCACAGGGCUGUAUUCUCUAGAGAUGGAUGAAGAAGGUGAUAAGAUGGUUGCCAUGGCUAUUGCUGACCCAGAUCGGUUUGUUUUAAAACCACAAAGGGAGGGAGGAGGGAACAAUCUCUACAGUGAUGAACUGAAGCAAGUUUUGGAGAAAAUUAAGGACAGUCCUGAGAGGACCUCCUACAUUCUUAUGGACAAGAUAAAACCUCUUCCUGCAAUGAAUUACUUACUGAGGGCUCACAGUGAAUUGAAAAUAUCAGAAUGUGUAUCUGAAUUAGGAAUUUUUGGAGUCUACGUCAGACAAGGUCAGGAUCUUGUGGUGAACAAGCAUGUGGGCCAUUUGUUGCGAACAAAAGCAGUAGAACAUGCGGAUGGUGGAGUAGCAGCUGGAGUAGCAGUUCUAGAUACUCCCUACGUGACAUGAAAACUUCAGUAACAUCCCUACUUGAGAUUGAUUUUUCUGCCUUUUAGGCCAUGAUUGCCAAAGGGCAGCGAUGAUCAGAUUUAUACUCAAAGCCCUCCUCUUAUAUGUGAUCCCAAGAUACAAAGUAGCAGAGUUGCACUGAUUUAUUUUUAAAGUGACUGCUGCCUCUUGAUUUCAGAGAAUAUUUAAUUCCACCAGACCUUCACUGGCAACUUCCUGCUUGAUACACCCGUUUGUCCAACAUGCUUCUUCUGGACCUUGUGCACCUUUACUGUUCUGCCAUCUGUUCUACCAGAUGUGUUAACACUCUGAUAAAACUUUCCCUAUAGUAUCACAGCAAAUGCAUCAUUAAGUGCCUUGUAGUAGAUUAUAUUACCAUGACAACUUGUUUUCUACAUUUUCAAAGAAUAUUGCGAUCCUGCUUGCAGAGAGAUUGGAAGAUAAUUCAUUCUGGAUAUCUGUGCUUUGCAAUACUUCCUGUUUUUUGUUAUAUACUUGUCCACAAUGACACAGUACCCUACAGUAAUUGUGCAGGGUAUUGCUUUCAAAGGAAACCUGUGGCCACAUGUGGAAUGAUUAACACACACUACCAAGUGAUAAAGGGACAGAAUUACUUCACCUUUAUCUUGAGCUUAAAUAAGUAAUUGAAGAGUAGUCCAGCUUGAUGAAUGUUUGAGAGAAAAGUUUCACUACUGCUUUGACAAAGGAAACUGAAAUAAAACAUUAGAGUCUUGCUUAUGCAACCUUCGCUCAUCCAACAAUCUGUAUUAUCCAAUGCAGUCUGCCUCUUGCCCGGAUCCACAGCUGUUUCUUUAGGCAGCAAUGUGCAGCGGGCCAACAUGCCCAACAACACAAGUGCAGCCACACUCCCAAACAAGUGGCAGAUUUAUUGUAAAACAUGUUUUGGUGCUUAAUUUGUAAAAUCAUAAUGUAAUUUGACAUUUAAUAGGCUUUUCCUUAAUCCCUCCUUAUUAUCCAACAUUUUCGCUUAUCCAAUGUUCUGCUGGCCCGUUUAUGUUGGAUAAGUGAGAGAUUCUACAGUAUUUGCAAACUGACAGAGUGAAUGCUUGAAAAGGACACAUGCCUUCAACAUGCACAUAUUCUUUAGAACCCUAAUCAAUGUUGAUGUCAAACAGAUUGAAACAGCAAAUGGAAUUUCAGGUAGCUGAAACUGAAGAUUAGAACAUACUCAUCUACUGCACCAAGCCAUAUGGCGUUUUAAGAAUAGGAACUUUUUUUCAAAUUCAGUUUUGGAACAGCAGCUUGCCAUGUUGCAAUCACAUUGAUUUAAAAAGAUCAAGUUCAUAUACCUUGGUUGGCUUCAGUCUAUUAAAAUAGCAGUUUGUUUUUACACAUUGGUAUUUUUUUUAACCAUGGCUUUUCUUGUAAAAAUAACAUUUCCAACUUGAUGUCGUACAUUGAACGCAUACCUUUAGAAGAGAGGUUUAGAAAAUUUGACUUAAUGAAGAGAACAAUAUUAGGGACCAACAUGGUAUAACAGAGCAUAAAUGAAUUUUCUAAUUAAAUUCCUUUUUUAAACAAA